UUGCUAUCUAAAACAACUUCUCUUAGAAAAAACCUCAUUUAUCGAUAAGCUCGAGAAAGCUAGGUAGCGCAUUGAAAGUUCCUAGCGUCCAAGAGCUGGCAAAGCAACAAGUAGCCGUUCCGCCGCGAUCGUGAUGAUAUCGAAACGUCUGUUUUGACAUCCAAUUCCUCAUCCAUAUUGCCUCAAGUUCCAGUAAUUGACAUGGAAAAACUGCUGGCCAUUGGAAAUGAUGAUUCAGAGCUUCGGAGGCUUCAUUUUGCUUGCAAAGAAUGGGGAUUUUUUCGGUUGGUGAAUCAUGGAGUGAGUUCAUCAUUGGUGGAGGAAGUGAAGUCAGAAAUCCGAGCAUUUUUCGAUCUACCAUUGGAAGAGAAGAAGAAGUUUGAGCAAGUAGAAGGGGAUGUUGAAGGAUAUGGACAAAACUUUGUCUUUUCUGAAGAGCAAAAAUUAGACUGGGCAGAUAUGUUUUACAUGACCACUCUCCCUACCCAUUUGAGAAAACCUCACUUAUUCCCUAAGCUCCCUCUCUCACUUAGGUACCUCUCUCUCUCUCUCUAAUAAGUCGCACAAAAUUCUGAGUUACAAAACAAACGAGAGUUACAAGAGAUUACGAAAUAAAAAGAAAAAUGAAACAUGAAAAAAUUACACAAGGUAUACAUACUAUUUUGCCAAUUGUAUUUUGCUUCUGCACUGACCAUUUAAGAUCUUUUGGAAAUAAAAUUUUAUAAACAGCUAGCCGCUAUAUAGUAAGACCUCAUUUGUUUUUGUUAUGGUUAAGUCGUUUGAAUCUAAAUACACAUCUGAAUUAAGAUGUUAUAUCAAUAUUAAGAUAUCUUAAUCUAAAUAUAUAUCUGAUUGGAUUAGUGCUCAACUAUAUAUAUGUACCUUAAGCUUAGAUGUAUAUUCUAACUUGUGCCUUGAUCUUCACUCCCUCCUGUAUUGGGGAAAACUGUAUUUAUAUGUAUAUGGUGACGUGUCAUGACACGUAGACUGGUCAAACAGUCAAAGAAUUAAGGUUGGUUAACAGAUACGAGCAACAACAGAUACAAGCAAGUUAAAUGGAGG